AUGGAUUCAAAAAUUGUCUAUCUGCCUGAGGAUAUACUAAACCUAAGACAUCUGAAGCGGUACGAUCACAUAAAACUCGAUGAUUUACUACGUAGACCUCACUAUUUGCAACUUCCAAAAAGAGAUCAUUUUCCAAUUGGCAAUUCAAUUCAACCAGCAUUCUAUCCAGUUUCAGCAUUUAUUCUAGUUCAUCAUCAACAAGAAUAUCAACAUUAUCAAAGAGAGUAUCAAUAUAAUAAUCCAUCAUAUACUCAUUCUCCUAUGCCAUUACACAAUCUGAAUCUCAAUUCAUCUUAUGCACCAGGUAUACAACCUCAACUAUACUCAUUGCCACUUUCUCCUAUUAGCCCGUUACAGCAUUCACCAAUUUCAAUUACAAUGCCUGUUAUUCAAAUAAAUCCUAGCAGAGAAGUACCAAUUGGAUGUAUUCCAGUAUAUAGUUUUCCUCAUGCUUUACCGUUUCCUCACCCACCAUCACCAUUCGCUCUUUCUAUUCCUCCUCCUCCUCCUCCUCCGCCAAUGGAGCCAGGUCUCAGAUACUUUUCACCAAUUAGUCCACAAAAGAAUGAAGAUUUUAUUAAAAUGACUAACCCAGUAAAUAAUAAUAUUGAACUUAAAGAAAAUACAGAAAAUAAAGAUCAAAAUAGUAUAAAUGAUAGUUCCAUUUCCACAUCAUCAUCUAGUGACAUAAUAAUUCAGAUUUAA